AUGGCUUCCCAGCUUCAUCAGCUUCGGGUUCUGGUCUGGAAAAAUUGGCUGGGUGUCAAAAGGCAGCCGCUUUGGACACUUGUCUUGAUUUUAUGGCCAGUCAUUAUUUUUAUAAUUUUGGCUAUUACCCGGACCAAAUUUCUUCCAAAGGCAAAACCAACUUGUUACCUUGCACCUCGAAAUCUUCCUAGCACUGGCUUUUUCCCGUUCAUGCAAACCCUACUCUGUGAUACGGACUCUAAAUGCAAAGAUACACCCUAUGUGCCACAAGAUUUGCUUCGAAGGAGAAGAAUUGAUGAUAAGCUAUUUAAAGACAGUGUAAUUCUGAGAAAGUCAUCCAACCUGGAAAAGGACAGCAAUUUAUCACCCUGGAGCACAGAAUCUCCAGUAAGGAGGCAUGCCUCACCUGCCACAGUAAUUCCCAGUUCAAGUUUUGAUUCACAAAGUACUACAACAGAUACUUUCAAUGGUACUCAGCUGAUUGUUCGACUUCUUGGUUUGGAAAAGCUGCUAAAGCAAAAUUCAACUUCAGAAGAAAUACGAAGAGAGCUGUGUGAGAGCUAUCCAGAAUAUAUCGAGCAUUAUGACUUCUCUUGGACUACUCUAGGGAAAAAUAUUUUUAACAAAUUUUGCCUGAGCAAUAUGACCCUUUUAGAAUCAUCUCUCCAAGAGCUAACAGACCGACUUUCACAGGUAUCAAGUGAUCCCCAAAACCAGAAGAGAGUGUUUCAGGAAAUGGUCAAAGUGCUGUCCUUUUUCUCAGAAGUUCAAGAGCAGGCCACUGUGUGGCAGUUCCUCUCUAGUUUCCCAGAUGUGUUUCAGAAUGUUACAGUACAAAGCAAUGUAUUUGAUGUUCUUCGAAAUGCAAACAGCGUGCUGUUAGUCAUGCAGAAGGUUUACCCACGUGUCACAACCAAGGAAGGCUUCAGAACUCUCCAUAAAUCUGUGAAACAUCUGUUGUACACUCUGGAUUCCCCUGCUCAAGGUGGCUCAGACAAUACAACGUAUGGGUGGAGUGAAGAUGAUGUACAGUCACUGUCCCCAAGCAGCCUGGCCGCACAGCUCCUUAUACUAGAAAACUUUGAAGAUGCUCUCUUAAAUAUAUCAGCAAAUAGUCCAUAUGUUCCUUACUUGACAUGUGUGAGAAAUGUCACUGACAAUUUGGCCAAGGGAUCACAAGGAAAUUUAAGACUUCUUCAGUCUACAAUUAGAUUUAAAAAAUCAUUUCUUCGAAAUGGUUCCUAUGAGGAUUAUUACUUCUCUCCACUUCCUGAACUCCUGAAAACAAAACUUUCUCAACUUCGAAACUUGACUGAACUUCUUUGUGAACCUGAAACUUUCAAUUCAAUGAAGAAAACCUGUCAGCAGUCUAAUAUGAACUUUGGGGAUCUGUGUGGAGAAAGUGUGCUUCAUGUGCGACUCCUUGAAGCAGCAGAACUUGGCUCCAAAAUAAUAACCAGCUUACUGUACCGUGACAAUAUUCUAUUGAAAAAAAUGGGGGAUUUGCUUACUGGGGACCCAAACAAAAUUAACUUAAAUAUGGAUCGGUUUCUGGAAGGGGCAUUGCAAAUGAAUUACUUGGAAAAUAUCACACGGUUGAUGCCGACUAUAGAAGCUGCACUGCAUGUCAAUAGUAGUGGAAAAGCUUCAGAAAGGCCAGGCCAAUUAAUAGAAUUGUUUAAAAAUGUUGAAGAGCUAAAAGAAGAACUAAAAAGAAAAACAGGAAUGUCCAAUACAAGUAUUGACAAUAUGCUGGCCAUUCCUAUCCCAGAUAAUCGAGCUGAGAUUAUUUCCAGGGUAUUCUGGUUGCAUUCUUGCAAUGUUAAUACAUCCAGCCCUAAAUUGGACGAUGGGAUGGAGGAGUUCUGUAGCUUACCUCUUUCUGAGAGGUCCCGGCAGUCUUACCUAAUUGCAAUCACUCUCCUGCAUUAUUUAGAUAUUCACAACUUUGUGUACAAGGUGUUUCUCCCUAGGGAAGAUCAAAAGCCAGUAGAAAAGUUGAUAGAACUCUUCAUGAGGUUAAAAGAAAUUCUCAACCAGAUGGCUUCUGGCACACGUCCACUACUAGACAAAAUGAGAUCCAUGACACAAAUGCAUCUACCCAGAAGUGUUCCAUUAACACAGGCUAUGUAUAGAAAUAACCAGAUGAAAACACCACAGGGAUCUUUUAGUACCAUCUCCCAAGCGUUAUGUUCCCAAGGCAUUUCCACUGACUAUUUAAUUGCCUUGCUGCCGUCUUCCCAGAAGCAAAGAGGCAACAGCACAAAGGAUCUUUUGACUUAUAAUUUAACUAAAGAACAAGUGGCAUCAAAAUAUGGAAUUCCCUUACAUGCCACACCAUUUUGCUUCUCCCUUUAUAAAGACAUCAUUAACAUGCCUGCUGGACCUGUGAUUUGGGCUUUCUUGAAACCAAUGUUGUUGGGAAAGAUUCUGUAUGCACCAUAUACCCCUGUCACAAAGGCAAUAAUGGAAAAGUCGAAUGCAACUCUGAGACAGCUGGCUGAAUUAAGAGAAAAAUCUCAAGAGUGGAUGAAUCAGUCCCCACUUUUCAUGAAUUCCUUCCACCUGUUAAACCAGACAAUUCCUAUGCUCCAGAAUACUCUAAGGAACCCAUUUGUGCAAGUUUUCAUAAAAUUCUCCGUGGGACUUGAUGCUGUUGAAUUAUUGAAACAAAUAGAUGACCUUGAUAUCCUAAGAAUGAAAUUAGAAAACAGUAUUGACCUCAUUGAUCAUCUCAACACACUAUCAACCCUGACAGUAAAUAUUUCUUCCUGUGUAUUGUAUGACCGUAUUCAGGCAUCAAAAACUGUAGAUGAAAUGGAAGCAAAGGCUAAAAGGCUCUACAAGAGCAAUGAUCUCUUUGGAAGUGUUAUUUUUAAACUUCCUUCUAACCAAAGUCAGUACAGAAGCUAUCACUCAAAAAGUGUUUCUCUUCCUCCCGUCAUAAAAUAUACAAUCCGCAUGAGUCUUAAGACUGCACAGACCACAAGAAGCAUAAGAACCAAGAUUUGGGCUCCAGGGCCUCACAACUCUCCAUCACACAACCAGAUCUACGGCAGAGCUUUCAUUUACCUGCAGGAUAGCAUUGAAAGAGCUAUCGUUGAAUUGCAGACUGGGAGAAAUUCUCAGGAUAUAGCAGUCCAGGUUCAAGCAAUUCCUUAUCCAUGCUUCAUGAAAGACAACUUCUUAACCAGUGUCUCUUAUUCUCUUCCAAUUGUGCUUAUGGUUGCCUGGGUUGUAUUUGUAGCUGCAUUUGUAAAAAAACUUGUUUAUGAGAAAGACCUCCGGCUUCAUGAGUACAUGAAGAUGAUGGGCGUCAACUCCUGCAGUCACUUUUUUGCCUGGCUAAUAGAGAGUGUUGGAUUUUUGCUGGUUACCAUCAUCAUCCUCAUCAUUAUCCUCAAGUUUGGCAAUAUUCUUCCCAAAACAAAUGGAUUCAUCUUGUUCUUGUAUUUCUCUGACUACAGCUUUUCAGUCAUUGCCAUGAGCUACCUCAUCAGUGUUUUCUUCAGCAGCACCAACAUAGCAGCUCUAAUUGGCAGCCUCAUCUACAUCAUUGCAUUUUUCCCUUUUAUUGUCUUGGUUACAGUUGAAAAUGAGUUGAGUCAUGUCAUAAAAGUAUUCAUGAGUUUCCUGUCCCCUGCAGCCUUCAGCUAUGCAAGUCAAUACAUUGCACGCUAUGAGGAGCAAGGCAUUGGUCUUCAAUGGGAAAAUAUGUAUAGUUCCCCAGUGCAGGAUGAUACUACCUCAUUUGGUUGGCUAUGCUGUUUUAUUCUGGCAGACUCUUUCAUUUAUUUCCUUAUUGCUUGGUAUGUUAGGAAUGUUUUCCCAGGAACAUAUGGUAUGGCAGCACCCUGGUACUUUCCAGUCCUUCCUUCCUAUUGGAAGGAGCUACUGGGAUGUGCAGAGGUGAAGCAUGAGAAAAACAAUGGCCUUAUGUUUACAAAUAUCAUGAUGCAGAACACCAACCCAUCUGCCAGGAAGACAAGUCCUGAAAACAUGUUUCCCUCAAACAUUGAACCUGAACCUAAAGACCUUACAGUUGGAGUUGCCCUACAUGGAGUUACAAAGACAUAUGGAUCAAAAGUUGCUGUUGAUAACCUCAAUUUGAACUUCUAUGAAGGGCAUAUUACUUCAUUGCUGGGUCCCAAUGGGGCUGGAAAAACUACUACAAUUUCCAUGCUUACUGGGCUAUUUGAGGCUUCAGUAGGUACCAUCUUUGUUUAUGGAAAAGAUAUCAAAACAGACCUAAACACUGUGAGGAAAAGCAUGGGGGUCUGCAUGCAGCAUGACGUCUUGUUCAGUUAUCUUACAACCAAGGAGCACCUUCUCUUGUACGGCUCCAUCAAAGUUCCUCACUGGACCAGAAAGCAGCUACAUGAGGAAGUGAAAAGGACAUUGAAAGACACCGGACUAUAUAGCCAUCGUCAUAAGAGAGUUGGAACAUUAUCUGGAGGAAUGAAGAGAAAGUUGUCUAUAUCCAUAGCCCUCAUCGGAGGAUCGAGAGUGGUUAUUUUGGAUGAGCCCUCCACUGGUGUUGACCCCUGUUCUCGCCGAAGUAUAUGGGAUGUUAUAUCCAAGAACAAAACUGCCAGAACAAUCAUUCUGUCAACGCACCACCUGGACGAGGCUGAAGUUCUGAGUGACCGCAUAGCCUUCCUAGAACAGGGUGGGCUGCGCUGCUGUGGCUCACCAUUCUACCUCAAGGAAGUAUUUGGAGAUGGGUACCAUCUCAUUCUCACCAAGAAAAAGAGUCCAAAUCUCAAUGCAAGUACAGUAUGUGACACCAUGGCUGUGACAGCAAUGAUCCGAUCACAUCUCCCGGAAGCCUACCUCAAGGAGGACAUUGGGGGAGAACUUGUUUAUGUGCUUCCUCCAUUCAGCACCAAAGUCUCAGCGGCCUAUCUGUCCCUCCUAAGGGCACUGGAUAUAGGCAUGGGUGAUCUCAAUAUUGGCUGCUAUGGCAUUUCAGACACUACAGUGGAAGAAGUUUUUCUGAACUUAACUAAAGACUCACAAAAAAAUAGCAAUAUGAGUCUUGAGCACUUAACACAGAGGAAAAUUGGGAAUACCAGUACUAAUGGCAUGGCAACCCCUGAUGAUUUAUCCGUGAGCAGCAGUAACUUCACAGACAGAGAUGACAAAAUCCUGACAAGAGGAGAGAGGUUGGAUGGUUUUGGACUGUUACUAAAGAAGAUAAUGGCUAUCCUUAUUAAGAGAUUCCACCAUACCCGCAGAAACUGGAAAGGUCUCAUUGCCCAGGUCAUUCUUCCGAUUGUCUUUGUGGCUACGGCUAUGGGCUUGGGGACGCUGAGAAAUUCCAGCAACAAUUAUCCAGAGAUUCAGAUAUCCCCAUCGCUUUAUGGUACCUCCGAGCAGACAGCCUUCUAUGCGAACUUUCACCCAAGCACAAAAGCACUGGUCUCAGCAAUGUGGGCCUUCCCUGGCAUUGACAACAUAUGUUUGAACAUCAGUGAUCCAAGAUGUAUAAAGAAAAACAGACUAGAGAAGUGGAACAUCAGUGGAGAACCUGUCUCUGAUAUUGGUGUUUGCUCCUGCUCAGAUGCUGUCCAGGAAUGCCCUAAGUUGAACUAUUCUCCGCCUCAUAGAAGAACCUAUUCUUCCCAAGUAAUUUAUAACCUAACUGAAUACCACUUAGAAAAUUACCUUAUAUCAACUGCUAAUAAAUUUACACAAAAAAGAUAUGGAGGUUGGAGUUUUGGGUUGCCAUUGACUAACGACCUCCUUUUUGAUAUAACUGGAGUUCCUGCCAAUCGAACGCUUGCCAAGGUCUGGUAUGAUCCAGAAGGUUAUCACACCCUUCCAGCUUACCUCAACAGCUUGAAUAACUUCCUGUUGCGUGCUAACAUGUCACGACAUGAUGCAGCCCGACACGGCAUCAUCAUGUACAGUCAUCCUUAUCCAGGCGUGCAAGACCAAGAACAAGCCACAAUGAGCAGCUUAAUCGAUGUUUUAGUGGCACUUUCUAUCCUGAUGGGCUACUCAGUCACCACAGCCAGCUUUGUCACCUAUGUUGUACGGGAACAUCAGACCAAAUCCAAGCAGUUGCAGCACAUCUCAGGAAUUGGUGUGACAUGCUACUGGGUAACAAACUUCAUUUAUGACAUGGUCUUCUACUUGAUACCUGUAGCAUUUUCAAUUGGCGUCAUUGCUAUUUUCAAGUUACCUGCCUUCUACAGUGAAAACAACUUAGGCGCUGUAUCUCUUCUACUUCUACUGUUUGGAUAUGCCACAUUUUCUUGGAUGUACUUGCUGGCUGGACUCUUCCGUGAAACAGGAAUGGCUUUCAUCACUUAUGUCUGCAUCAACCUUUUUUUUGGCAUCAAUUCUAUCGUUUCCUUGUCAGUAGUAUACUUCCUUUCUAAGGAAAAACCAAAUGAUCCGACUUUAGAACUCAUUUCUGAAACCCUCAAGCGCAUUUUCCUGAUAUUUCCGCAAUUCUGUUUUGGCUAUGGUUUAAUUGAACUUUCUCAACAACAGUCAGUCCUAGAUUUCUUAAAAGCAUAUGGAGUGGAAUUUCCUAGUGAAACCUUCGAGAUGAGUAAACUAGGUGCCAUGUUUGUGGCUUUGGUUGUUCAGGGCACCAUGUUCUUUUCAUUGCGACUUCUAAUCAAUGAUUGGAUAAUAAAGAAACUCAGACUGUUCUUUAGAAAAUUUCAUUCUACACCUGUCAUGGAGAUGACAGAUGAAGAUGAAGAUGUGAGAACAGAAAGACUAAGAGUUGAAAAUGGUGUUGAUGAUUUUGAUCUCGUCCAACUUCAUCGUCUCACGAAGACCUACCAGCUUAUCCACAAAAAAAUUAUAGCUGUAAAUAAUAUCAGCAUUGGAAUUCCUGCUGGAGAGUGUUUUGGCCUUCUGGGGGUAAAUGGAGCAGGGAAGACUACAAUCUUCAAGAUGCUGACAGGAGACAUCAUUCCAUCAAGUGGAAACAUUCUGAUCAGAAAUAAAACCGGAUCUCUGGGUCACGUUCACUCUCAUAGCUCACUGGUUGGCUACUGCCCUCAAGAAGAUGCUUUAGAUGACUUGGUAUCUGUAGAAGAACAUCUAUAUUUCUAUGCAAGGAUUCAUGGAAUCCCAGAAAAAGAUAUAAAAGAAACUGUGUAUAAACACCUGAGAAGACUUCACCUGAUGCCUUACAAAGACAGACCUACCUGUAUGUGCAGUUAUGGCACAAAAAGAAAAUUAUCCACUGCACUGGCCUUAAUAGGAAAACCUUCCAUUCUACUCCUGGAUGAGCCAAGCUCGGGAAUGGAUCCCAAAUCAAAACGGCACCUCUGGAAGAUCAUUUCUGAAGAAGUCCAGAAUAAAUGUUCUGUCAUUCUGACAUCUCACAGCAUGGAAGAAUGUGAAGCUCUUUGUACCAGGCUGGCCAUUAUGGUGAAUGGAAAGUUCCAAUGCAUUGGAUCUUUGCAACAUAUAAAAAGCAGGUUUGGACGAGGGUUUACUGUCAAGGUUCACGUGAAAAAUACCAGAGUGAGCAUGGAGGCACUCACAAGGUUCAUGCAAUUGCACUUUCCAAAAACAUAUUUAAAAGAUCAGCACCUCAGCAUGUUAGAGUACCAUGUACCAGUCACUGCAGGAGGAGUAGCAAACAUUUUUGAUGUAAUUAGUAAACUAAUAAGGCUGCUUUUAAAUAUCACCAACUUCUUAGUCAGUCAGACUACUCUGGAAGAGGUUUUCAUCAACUUUGCUAAAGACCAGAAGUCCUAUGAAACUGCGGAUACCAGUAGCCACAGUUCAAACAUAAGUGUUGACUCUCAGGAUGACCACAUGUAG